UACUCCCCGAUAACCCCAGCUCGGACCCCCACCGGUGCAUCCCACGCCUUUGGCAUCGAUGUCCUGGCGAGCGCGGCACAUCGGGAAGGGAGAAAAGUGGCUUUAUUUCUACGUUUGGUGGGUUUAAAAAAAUAAUUAUGAUGAUUAUUUUUCUAAUUAACGCAAUUAAUCGGUGCCUGAAGUGUGAGUGUGGGCAGCGGCGAGAGGAAAGCCCUCUCUCUCCCGGUGCCCUUCCAUCUGCUGUCUCCCCAUUCCCGGCAAAACAAACCCCCUGAUCUCGCCGGGAAAAAACGGCCUUUGGCAUCGCUCCUGCCCGUGGCCACUCCCGGGGAAGGAGAUCCCACCCGAGAGCCCCGGGAAGAGAGGGUCUGGCAUCUCCCCGCGGCUCGGGGUGGGCUCGUUGCGAUGGGUCUGGGUGAUUGGAAUGCCCGGGAGCCGGGGUAAGGAAGGGAAAAUCCUCCUGGAGGCCCUGGGAGGGGAGGACGUGCCCCGUGUGCGGCUCAGGACGGCAUCGCUCCCGUGCGGAACGACGGGCUGAGGAGGAUUUAUUAAGUCGUCUGAGCUUUUUUUCCCCCCGUCCUUGAGCAUCCUCUGACCGGUUGAUGGAUGUGCUCCGGUAGCCUGGUGAUCCCAAAGGGGUAGGAGGGGUCCCUGCCCGUCCCCCACCCAAUGCUGGUGCGGACAGAGCUGCUGGGAGCGGGAUCUGGGCACGUCUGUGCAGGAUAAACCCCAUCCCGUCCCACUCCGUGUGCCUGGAGCCCUCUUCUCCCACGGGACAGGAUUGUUUCCAGGGAGAGGUGAGGAUGCUUGCCCCGAGACAAGCAGAAAAAGGACCCGCUGGACCUUCUCCCAUUGAUCUUUUCAUGUCAGGUCUUUGCAGGGUGAACUGGUGGUGUUUUAUUGUUCUGGGGAGCAGAGAACAAAGGAAAAUUCUUCCUCUGGGUGUGUUUUUUUGUGUUCCUCAGCUCAGACACCGUCUCUCCCAUCGGAUCAGUAAGGUGAUGCCCGGUGGGUUGAUGCUGGCUGCUCGGCAAGUCCAAUGUCCAUCUCUUAAAAGAAUUUUAAUUUUCUUUUAAAAUGUAGAUAAAUGAGCUGGGAUGGAGUUUGGGGUUUGGGCUCCCUUGCUGCACCCUCUGCCCGCGUUGCCAAUGGGGCACAGCUUCCCUGAGCCCCUAAACGGCAGGAAAUGAAUAAACUGAAUAAAGUCUUGUGGUGGAGCUUUUCAAGAAGCUCUGCUGAACUUCCCCAUCUUUUCUGCCGAGCUCUCCCUCUGGAUGCUGCUGGAGGCAGGUGAUGGAUUGCCCAGGCUUGUCUGUGGGACAGACACCCCAGGCAGGCCAGAACCUUGGAUCAGGGAUAGAACUGAUGCUUUAAGUGUUCUCUUCCUACCCUGGCUCCUAACGAUGUGUCCAGCGUUAAAUGAACUCCUCACGUUGCUAUGAGCCGUAGGAUGGGAUCAGCAUGCUUUGCUGGACUCUCCCUAACCCCUGUCCAUAAUUAUCUGCAUCAUUAGACGGCUGCUUGCUCAUCCAGCUUCAGGCAGGGAGUUAAUAGCAGCUGCUCCAGCCAGGCACUGAAUUCUGAGGAGUAAUGCCUCUGCAAAUGUAAAUAGGAAAGGAGGAACUGUCUGUGGACACUGAUUUUAAGGGAUGUCCACUGUGGAGACCUGCAAGUAGGGUGUCUUCCACAGCUGGGAUUGGAACAUCCUCCUGGAGGAUCCACCCGGGAGGGAAAGCAUCCAUUUGGGACUCUGGAGCAGCUGCACUGAUGUCUACAGGCCUGUAUUUUCAUAGCUGGUGUCAUGCCCAUUCUUGCAACCAGCAUCAGAGGGGGAUGCCAGGCUGCGGGAUGUGGGAAUGCUGAGACCAGUGCCCUCCCCAUGCCUGUGCUCAGGGGUUUUCAGCUGGCAGCAAUUCUCAGGUUGAAUUCUGCUAAUUAAUUAUUUGGCAAUAUCUCUAAAUCCCAUGUAUUCUGCUGCUUGUUCUCUUUGAUGAAGUGAUGGUCCCAUUGCUUUAGCUUCGAAUAUUCCAGAGCUGAUGCAGGCUGGCAGCAUGGAAUCUGCUUCUCCACAGCUUUCCCUAUUGUGCUUUUUAAAAAAAAAAAAAAAAAAAAUUAUUUUAUGUUAUUUUCCCCCUUUCAUUUUUUUCUCCAGAUGUAGCAUGAUGGCUGUGUAAGGAGCAGGGAUGUGGUCCUGUUCCUGCAGAGGUUGGCAUCCUGGAUUCACCGGGAUCCCUCUGGGAUCCCAUUCCAGGCUGGGACCCCCCCAUAUGCUGCCACCAGGGACACUUGCAUGAGUGGUUUUGGUUUUGCAGUGAGGAAAGGAAAUGAUUUGAUGCUUUCAUGCUGCUUGUUGCAAUUUCUGGUUCUCUUUUUUUUGGUGUUUCUUAAGUUCCCCUCGCUUUUGUUUCACACUCCUCCAUCCUCCAGCUGUGAUCCUCGUGUUCAUUGAGCUUUUUCUAGGAAAACCCUGUGUCUUCUUGGGAGGGAAGAGCUAAAAACCCCAGUACUUGCUAAUCUCUUGCUUUUCCAGCUGCUGACCCCUUGCAUGUGACCGGGGUUGGGCUGGAAAGUUUCCUUGGAGGAAGGAGAAAGGCAUUUGGCUGUCAGGGAACGGAAAAACCAGAGGAGCCACUCUCCAUCCUGGUUUUCCUUCGGGCUGGCAGAAGCACGGAGCUGUUUUGGGCUGGCGCAGGCUGCGGCUGCUCUCCAGGAUGUGGCACCAUCAUGGGAUGCAGCCCGUGCUGGCAAGGGAUGCUCGGAGGUGGGAUGCAGUGAUCCCAAGGGAUGGAUGGUGUAGUGCUGAAGGAGGACUCCUGACACCCCGCCAGAAGUUAGAUCCACAAAUCCACGGAGAGAUUUCUGCUCCUUUUUGGAGUUUUGGUUUCUUUUUAUUACAAGCCAGAACGACCCUAAAUCACCAAACCGCGUCCGGAUAGGACCAAGCAGGAAGCUGGCUCCCUUUCCCUUGUGUUUUGCAGGUUUAAAAACACAGAUCUGUGCUGAAGUUUGGUUCUUCUCUUUAAUCCCGGGUCUGUGAAGGAGGCUUUAACCUGAGCUCACGCCGUUGGAAUUCCCUGCUGCGCCAGGGAGAGGCUCCUUGCCUUCAAUUGCUUCCAGAUGCCAUUCCUGUUCCGGCUCUUCCCCUUGCAAAAUGUCUCCCCCAGCCCGCCGAAGUUUUCCCGGCCGGAUUCGACAUCCCGAUAUCCGGCCGGGCUGAGGGAAGAGAGGACGGCCCCGUAGAUCCCGCCGAGCUCCUGCCUGCUCCGCCUGGACCAAGAGGAACGGGCCGUGACCAGCGAUGAGAGCUCCGGCCCUCGCCUGAUCCCUUUCCUGCUGAUAAAAAUGAUCAACAAGUCUCGAGGGAAGAUCCUCGGGGUGCUGGCGCUGUUUCUGGUGAUGGUUUGGUACUCGAUCUACCGGGAAGACAGGUACACACAGCUCUUUUAUUUCCCUGUGCAAGAAAACAACAAGACAACGUGUCCCCUGGGGGAGGUGGAAAAGAAAGCGGCGCAGCUCAUCGGGAACUACACGAGGGACCACCCGCUCUUCUUGCAGCUGAAGGACUAUUUUUGGGUGAAGACGCCGUCGCUCUACGAGCUGCCCUACGGCACCAAGGGAAGCGAAGACGUCCUCCUGCGCCUGCUGUCCAUCACCCACUACUCCCUGCCUGAGAGCAUCCGGAGCCUCAAGUGCCGGAGGUGUGCGGUGGUGGGCAACGGCCACCGGCUCCGCAACAGCUCCAUGGGGGACACCAUCAACACCUACGAUGUCGUGAUCAGGCUGAACAACGCCCCGGUCCAUGGUUAUGAGCAGGACGUGGGCUCCAAGACCACCAUGCGCCUCUUCUACCCGGAGUCGGCCCACUUUGACCCCCGGACCGAUAACAACCCCGACACGCUGCUGGUGCUCGUGGCCUUCAAGCCCAUGGACUUCCAGUGGAUGGAGGCCAUCCUCAAUGACAAGAAGAGGGUUCGGAAAGGGUUUUGGAAACAGCCCCCGUUGAUCUGGGACGCCAACCUGGAGCAAGUGCGCGUCCUCAACCCCUACUACAUGGAAGUAACUGCUGCUAAACUGCUCAACCUCCCCAUGAAGCAGCCACGGAAGGUCAAGCAGAAGCCCACCACGGGGCUGCUGGCCAUCACCUUGGCACUGCACUUCUGUGACCUGGUGCACAUCGCGGGCUUUGGCUACCCCGAUUCGGCCAACAAGAAGCAAACCAUCCACUACUACGAACAGAUCACGCUCAAGUCCAUGGCUAUGUCGGAGCACAAUGUGUCCCACGAGGCCGUGGCCAUCAAGCGGAUGCUGGAGCUGGGACUCGUCAAGAACCUCACCUACUUCUGAGGGCGGCGGGGCUGCGCAGGGACACCGGCCCCGGGACGAGGAGACAGCGUCCCCUGCAGUGAGGGGACACUGCGCUGGCGUGGCCAGAGUGACCGAGGGCAGAGCAUCCUUGUCGCCGCCACCACCGCGCCCUGGGACUGUCGGAGCAGGGCUGGGGCUGGGGCCGCGCUGGACCGCGGGUCCCUGGGUGGGGCAGCUCUUGUGGGGCGCAGGGAGCCUGGCAGGGCCGUGCCCCAGCGCCUUUUCUACUGACACACUGAAGCUACCAAGGACUUGGAGGGGAUUUUUAGGGUAGGGGGAUCCUCCCUCCCAGCGGGCCUGAGGGGGUGAGUCAGGGCAGGAGCCCUUGCCCUGGACAUUCUCUUUCCCUUAAUUCCCUCAUACACUGACGAAGGCCCUGCUGAGGGGCUGAUUUUGGGGGUCCUGGACCCCCUCCCACCAGGGAAUGGGAGCCUUUGGAGGCUGAUAUUGCCUCCUGCCUGCCCUGGACCUCCCCCCAAAUAUUUAAUUCCCCUCCCUUUUUUUUUUUUAAUUUCCUUUUUACUUGGCGGCCCUGUCCUGUGCCUUAGUGCUGGUGUAGGGACUCGUCCCCGCAGCCCCCCUGGGCGGGGGCACCCUGGGGUGCUUGGCUUCGGGGUAUGCCAGGGCCCUUUGGUGGUGCAGAUUAAUUUAAUUAAUUUAAAUGCUUAUUUAUGGUGGAGCCUUCACCCAGGGCCCAUGUGCCACUCGUGUCAGGGACAAGGGGCCUUGGGUGGGCUGGCGUGUGCUUGGCUCCAGGGGGUGGGCAUUUGGGAUGUCCCCCCACCACGGAGGGGUUGACUGGUGCCUUCUCCCUGCUGGUGUAGGGUCCCCUCUGCCCCCGUGGGGCUGCAGGUGUUGGGGGGAUCCAUGGAUGGGGGUGUUGGGGCUGAUGCUGGUACCCAAUAAAGUCCUGGUGAGGCUGGGA